AUGGAUCUGAUGGCUGGAGCUCGACAUCUCCCGAAUUUCCGAGAGCUCCCACGAAAUGACCAAAAUCUGCAAGAGCCAUCUUACAGUACAGCUCUCCCUUUGGAAGAGGAUGAUAGGAAACAUGAUACUCCUGGACUUAACGAAUGCUCAGGUGACAGCUUAUUUCUUCAAAGAAUUUCUACAAUUCGAGAAGUUCCUACAUACUCCUGUCCACUGUCUAAUAAUGUACCAGCAAAACCCCCCAGCAGCCUAGAUAGUUGCUCCUUAGGAAUCUUUCCAAAAGAACAACACCCAGAUGCGGAUUCUGACUACUAUGGGCCUUCCACUGAACCUUAUAAUUUGGAAUUCAAAGAUACAAAGAAGAGCCAACCAUGUAACUUUGUGGGAUCACAGAUUACUAGACCGAUUUCUGUCAGUUCAAAAGCAGGCUGUGAUAACGUAGAAUCAAAGGACAAAAAUGUUAUUCUAGAGCCUCCUAUUACUAUCACAGGAAGAAAAGAACAAGUCAUAAAUGGAGAUUUGUAUCCUUCUUUAAAAGAGCAAUUUGCUCCCACACACCAAAGUCCAUGUCCUGUUUUGCUCACUUCAAGACUACCUACUGAGUUGUUGGUUUCAAAUAAAUCCUUACCUGGAACUCCAUCUAAACAAAAGCAAAGCUUGGAAGCAAUGAAUAAGCAAACUCAUUUGGAAUACGACGACGUAAGCAGCAGUGAUGAUGAAGAUAGAUUGGUUAUAGAAAUCUAAGGAAUAAGCUACCCAUUAUUUAAAGCAGAAGUGCAAUGUGAAGGGGCAGCCAUAAUCAAUUUGCCUUUGUCUUAUAUCUUAAGAGUCAAAAGCUGUUCCCAUGCAUAUAUUUGCCAAGGAUCCGGGCUUCUUUAUAUGUGCUUUGCUUUUACAUGAGCAAUUAGUUGCACAUUUAAAUGCCCACAAAAAGCUCAGUACAUCGUAAUUUCUCUCAUCAAAUUCUCUGUACAUUCAGCUCCAUUUUAUCACUUUCUCUAUUCAUACUACAGAAAGUAAAUCAGACAAGAAUCACUUGCCUCCUUUGAGAAGUGGAAAGUUGGCCCUGAAAGUAGGAAAACAACUUCUUUUCUCAGAUGCUCUGUGCUGCUUAUUUACUAUAACAUUUCCCUUCUACAAUUUUGCAUGAAAUCAAUGUCCUUAAGGCACUCUACAGCAUUUUUGUAUCGCACACAUAUUCCAUUUUCUCUUUUGGCAAACAACCCAAGCAUGCACUGCUUUAUUUGGUGCCUUCUGCAGAGAUCUGUAUGUAUUUCCUUGUUUCUUUGAUACAAGGUUACCUUUUCCAUUACUGGAAGAGAUUCUUUGAUUCUGUUUCUCAGGUUAGUUGGGGAAAAUAUUUGUUAUUACAAAUGAAAAUGCAUAUGAGUUUUGUCACAAAGUACUGAAAGCAUAAAUAAGGUACUCCUUUUCUUUCCUCCCCUUACAAACACAUGUCAAAUCUGUGCACUUAGGUGGCAGUUAAACAUCUUUUGUUGAGCAUUUUUGUCCAAUUAGUUAUCAUGCACUUCCCUAAAUGCAUCUCCAUUGCAUUAGAACACUGUUGUGAA